AUGUCGAUUCCUCCUCAACUCAUUCGCGUCAAGCGCAAGCGGGUCGACGACACGCCCGUCACCUUUCUCCAGUUUGACCACGGUUCCUUCAAAAGGCCUCGAAGCGGGAGCAACUGGGCUUACCAACGGCGAGAUUCCGUCACCCAGCUGCCGCGACCACAAGGCGAAUCAGCUCGGCCCGUCAUCCACGUCUCGCAUGCCUCCGACGCGCAAAACCCACCCCGGGGCCAACAGCACGGUGCUGCUCAAGCCGCAUCCGCGCCAGCGCCAGGCCUUUUGCGGCCUCGAAAGUACCGCGUCUCCCGCAGCACGCUGGCCAGAGGCGGGACGCACAGCCCGAACCCCCACCCCUCUGGCGUCUCCAAGAGGAACAGAUAUGGCCCGGCCGUCUUCGUCGAGUCCACGAGGGAGGAGAAGAAGACGCCCAGGGCCCGGAACGGCGCCCAGGCUGCCGGCCCUUUGCCGCCGCCCUCGGGAGUUGACAACCAUCCGACGACACAGCAGCCGCCGUGGCAAAGGCAGCUCAAGCGGCCAGGACUGGCCAACAGGACUCGCCAAGCGGAUUUCCGGCAGCAAACCUCGGCUACAAACUUCCCUCUCCCCGACUCCUUGGUGAAUCGUCAUGAGGAUCAAGACAUGGACAGAAUCACAGAUGACAUGAACCAAUGGGUGCUGAACGAGCUGGGCGCCAACCUGCAAAGUAUGCAGCAGGACAAGAAGCCCACGCGUUUCAAGCCAAAGAGCCCUGCGAAGCGAUACCACGAACGUCAUCCCGAACCCGCCCCACGCGCCGGCACGGACACCACGAUGGACAGACCAAUGCGCGAUGCUGGCAGUGGUGACAACGGUGGUGACGACGACGACGAAGACGACGGAGAUGACGACGACGGUGACGACGACGAAUGGGUCAUAGACGAGUACGUCCGCAUCCCCGCCAACUCGGUUGCCUUGGACGCAUCGCCAGCCGAAGUAGGCCUCUUGGUCCUCGACGACGAGGAAGAAAGCCUCCUCUUUUCCGGCUCCGCGCUCGACGACGACGACGAGCUGGCCGAAGAUGAGGAGGACGAGAACGCGGAAAACCACUACGCCGCCGACUACCCCGAAGACGAAGCAGACUCGGACGACGAGUACGGACCCCACGCCUACCUGUACCGCCACUGCAACAACUCCGACGAGGAGGAGUACGACGAGAACCUGUAUGACGACCAGGACGAAAUCGUUCUGGAGGGCGGCGCCGCCGCCGCCGCCGACGACGACGACGACGACGCGAGGAUGGCCCGCAUCAAGGAAUUCAUGAAACGCAGCUCGGCACUCCGAUGA